GCUGUGUCAGACAGCCCGGCUGCCAUGGCGUCCUAUUUUGAUGAACACGACUGCGAGCCGUUGGACCCCGAGCCGGAUGCCCGAACCAACAUGCUGCUGGAGCUCGCAAGGUCACUUUUCAAUAGGAUGGACUUCGAAGACUUGGGGCUGGUGGUAGAUUGGGAUCACCACCUGCCUCCGCCUGCUGCCAAGACAGUGGUUGAGAACCUCCCUAGGACGGUCAUCAGAGGCUCUCAGGCCGAGCUCAAGUGCCCCGUGUGUCUUUUGGAAUUUGAGGAGGAGGAGACUGCCAUUGAGAUGCCUUGCCAUCACCUCUUCCAUUCCGGCUGCAUUCUGCCCUGGCUGAGCAAGACAAACUCCUGCCCCCUGUGCCGCCAUGAGCUGCCCACAGAUGAUGACACUUAUGAGGAGCACAGACGAGAUAAGGCUCGCAAGCAGCAGCAGAAGCACCGACUGGAGAACCAUGGAGCCAUGUACACAUGAGGCGGCUGGGGCUGAGCACUGGUCCUCCACAACAUCUUCCGCUUGCGCCUCGAAUCAUUAAAGGUUUCUUUACCCA